UAAAUCUACAAAUAAGUAGCAAAGAUGUUCAGUUCACAGGUUUCGAGGGUCAAACCCUUUGCGAUCACAAGAUGUCUCUUUGAAAGAGCUCCGAGCAGUAUCUUAAGCUCGACCUUACAAAAAACUACAAGAUCCUUCUCCGCAUUCAGUGUCUCGCGGCCCACCCUGAUAGUGCCUCAAAGAAGUUCAAUUGUCUCCCAAAUACCAUCUUCAUCCUCCGUUCUACGCCCAAACCCGAUAUCAAGCCCCUUGGCCACAAGCCCAACUACCGCCCGUGGGUUCUCAUCCACCGCCUCCCUGGGCGUUAAACGAGAUACAUACAACCCUAGUCGGAGGAUCCAGAAGCGGCGCCAUGGAUUCCUGGCCCGCGUGAAAAGCCGUGGUGGUCGUGGAGUGUUAGCGCGGAGACGUUCGAAGAACAGGAAAUACAUGAGUUGGUAA